AUGAAGACCGUCACCGGAAGAAUUAUCAGUGCGGAACCAGUCUCCCUCACCAAGGCGGCUUCGCUUCUCAUAAAUUUCGCUUCCUCGGAUAACGGCACCUCCCAAGACGUGAGCGCGUACCUCCAACGCGUCGCCGCUGCUUUCACCGAGCUAAAGAGCAUCCACAGAGAGAUUCUGUCGUCUUCUUUAGAGGAGACGAACCCAAGAUCCGACGUAACGCGAGACCGGAAUCCGACCGUAGAAUUCGACGGUCGAGCUAAGGCGAUUGAUGAUUUGGUGGGCAAGGGAGGGAAGAUUCGUGACCGGAAAAGUGAAGCUGCGUUUGAAAGUCCGGUGCUUGACACUCUGUUCAACUCAAUUUGUGCAAGGGAUGAUGAUCCUCAGUCGUCAGAAAAUUUCAUGAACUGGCAUUUUCCAUGUGAAAUUCUCGACAACAGAAUGCCAAAGAAAUCAAAAGUAGUGUGA